UUUGGAAUGGAGGUCUAGGUUCUCCCUGGGAGAAGAGAACGAGAACAGACCAGGCUUCAGGAACGUUGCAUUGUUGGAUCGACCUCUCUUCCUCGCAAUUGUGAUCCAGAGACCUCUGUCAACGGUUAUAAAAGGGUCCCAGUAUCCCGGUCAAGUCAGUCUCUCAUCCAUCCAUCAAUCAUCCAUCACUCCAAGUCAUCACAUCAAGCCUUCCUCACAGUUCUCUUUCAAUUCCGAUUUCUUCAAUCACCAAGCCAAAAUGCAGUUCACUCUCACCAAAGUUCUUGCCUUCGCCCUCGCGGUGGCCACCGGCGUUUCUGCUGGCGCUGUCGCUGAUUCCCAGGCCAUCAAGCAACAGACUGAGGGCAAGUGCGAUAUUGGCAACGUGUCUUGCUGCAACCCAACCAACGUCGACAAGACUGAUGGCUUCCUCAACAACCUACUCGAGUGGGGUGUCGUCGGCAGUCUGGUCAACGGUCAGGGAAGCGCUUGCGCUCCGGUCAGCCUCAUUGAUGAGCUUGGUAUUCUGGCCCUCGUCAAGGAUACCCCCGAUGGACCUGUCUGCGAGAACGUCAUUGCUUGCUGCCCCGGUCAGGGUGCUCAGUGUGUCGCCAUCGGUGACGGCUCUGGCUCUGGCUCCGGCUACAGCGACUAAGCGGGCUCACGUCCCUUGUCUAAUAUACGGUUUCAGUCUCGGUGACUGACAUACUCGACUCAGGAAUAAUAUGAAGCAAGCUCAACUCCAGAUUUUGCUCUUUCCCGAGAAAAGUGUCUUGUUGGGCUGUGCCAGUGUCGAUUGGAAUCGAUUUUUUGUUUAGAUAAAGAUUGCUUUAGAGUAGUUUAUGGUGCGAUUUCUUAUGAGGAAUUGUCACUUUAGUUUAGUCUCAAUUAUAUGUGCUUCUAGU